GAGUGCAUGCCGUACUGGAGGUGCUGAAGAGCUCCCGGAGAUCAGCGGGAAUCCCGUAAGUCCAGUGAAGCCCAGCAGGAGGAUUAAAUCCCCCGGUUUGUGUGGAGCGCGUGUAGAAGUUUCCCCCGUGGGUCCCGUCGUGGGACGUGGAUGCGAAAAGAAUGUCCAUGGCUCGCGCAUUCAGGACGUGUGUUUGUCUCGCGCUCUUCUCCACGCAGGUGCUGUGGGUGACGUGCAAGAAAGCUUCACCAGAGAGUCAGACCAGCUGUAAGGAUGGAGAUGUGACCCACGAAACCAACGCCAUUUGGAAACCAGAGCCAUGCCGGCUGUGCGUGUGCGACAAAGGCAACAUCGUCUGUGAGGACAUCCACUGUGACAAGCUCAAAGACUGUGAGCAUUUCUACGUCCCGGAGGGAGAGUGCUGUCCCGUGUGUGAGAGAUUCGCCAGCGCUCGGGGACGGAUCGAGGUGAUGGCUCUCAAGGGUGAAAAAGGAGAACCAGGAGAUAUUCCUCAUAUUGUGGGACUGCCUGGUCGACCGGGACCGAUGGGAGCUCCUGGGCCAGCGGGACGUGCAGGAUAUCGUGGCUUUAAAGGAAGAAAAGGCGUGGCCGGUCCACCCGGGUUCGAUGGGAUACCAGGUGUGCCAGGUAUGCCAGGAAAACCUGGUCCGGAAGGACAGACUUCAUUACCAGGGAGUCAGUUUGGAUCUCAGAUGGCUUCAGGUUUCCAUGAUGCCAAAAUGGGAAUGUCAGCAAUUGUCUCUGGCUCACCUGGUGAAGCAGGACCAAGAGGACACCCAGGACCCGCAGGUCCACCCGGUCCCAUGGGAGCACAGGGCACCCCUGGAGAUGCCGGUGAUCCAGGACAAAUGGGUCCUUCUGGCCCAAGGGGUCCAGAUGGUCUGUCUGGAAAACCUGGUCAAGAUGGUGAACCGGGAGAACCAGGAAAGAAAGGAGAAGACGGUUUUCCAGGAUCAGCUGGGUCUCGGGGAUUCCCAGGCUUACCAGGUCAACCAGGAAUGAAGGGACACAAGGGAUACGCAGGUUCACACGGAACGAAGGGAGAGCGAGGUGUUGUUGGUUCAAAGGGUGCAUCAGGAGGUCCUGGUUCGAUGGGGCUUGUCGGUCCACAGGGUCCACCAGGAUUGCCUGGUGAAAGAGGUCGUAGCGGACCUACCGGUGCUGCGGGAAAACGAGGAAUGGCAGGAAAUCCUGGAACGGCAGGUCCAUUGGGUCCAAUAGGGAUCCCAGGAGCUGCAGGAUUUCCAGGCAGUCCAGGAAUGAAGGGUGAGGCAGGACCCACAGGCCCUCGAGGCGCCAGUGGAGCUCAGGGACCCAGAGGGGACUCAGGGAGAGUAGGCUUACCUGGACAUCAGGGCAAACAGGGUCUAGCAGGAACGGAUGGUGCUAUGGGAGCUAAAGGGCCAUCUGGUGCGCCUGGUGUGCAAGGUUCUGUCGGACUGAAUGGUCAACCAGGACCACCUGGACCACAGGGAAAGACAGGACUUGCUGGGCCCAAAGGCCAAUUGGGUGAUGCUGGCAUAGCUGGACUCAAAGGAGAGCCUGGAAUUAAAGGAGAAGUGGGGCAACCUGGACCUCAGGGAGAGAUGGGUCCGAUGGGAGAGGAAGGAAAACGAGGACCCAGAGGAGACCCGGGAUCUGUGGGGCCGCCUGGACCUCCUGGAGAGACAGGAGUUCCAGGUCUUCGUGGCUUUCCGGGUGCAGAUGGGUUACCUGGACAAAAGGGUGCUAUAGGUGAGCGUGGGGUUCCAGGCUCUUCUGGAGUUAAGGGUACUGCCGGUGAUCCGGGCCGUCCUGGAGAAUCGGGUCUUCCGGGUGCGAGGGGUCUAAGUGGUGUUGCUGGACCUGAUGGACCGGAAGGGAAAAUUGGACCUCAGGGAGCACCAGGAGAUGACGGUGGUCCUGGACCUGCUGGUUCAAACGGAGGCAGAGGUCCACCAGGAUCUAUGGGUCUGCCAGGCCCGAAAGGAUUCAGUGGCGAUGCAGGUAAAGCUGGAGAAGCAGGAACACCAGGAGCAUCAGGACAAAGAGGUCGCAAUGGAAAAGAUGGAGAGGAAGGACCCGCAGGCCCUGCUGGACCGCCUGGUACAGCAGGAAAACGAGGCGAACAGGGUUCUCCUGGCGUGACAGGCUUUCAGGGUUUACCUGGACCCGCAGGUCCACCUGGAGAGCCAGGAAAACCGGGUGAUGUGGGAGUCAAUGGUGAAGAAGGUUCUUCUGGUCAGACUGGACCAAGAGGUGAGCGUGGAAGUCCAGGAGAGAGAGGACAGCUAGGACCUAACGGCCUUCCUGGGCCUAAAGGCAGUCUCGGGGCCCCAGGACCUGAUGGACCUAAGGGAAGUUCAGGACCAGCAGGGAAAGUCGGAGAACCAGGUCCACCUGGACUUCAGGGAAUGCCGGGAGAGAGAGGGACGCCAGGCAUCAGCGGACCUAAAGGAGACCGUGGAGCAAUUGGUGAGAUAGGAACUGAGGGAGCUGCUGGCAACGAUGGUGCUCGGGGUAUUCCUGGUACCACUGGACCUACCGGACCAGCCGGAGCUCCUGGAGAAAAGGGUGAAGCCGGACCCAGGGGACCUUCUGGACCACCGGGUUCUAGAGCAGCUUCUGGAUCUCCGGGUCAGCCUGGUCCUCCUGGAUCAGCUGGAUUUGCCGGUACUCCUGGUGUUGAUGGUCAACCUGGUACAAAAGGAGAACCAGGAGAACCAGGUCCAAAAGGCGAGGCAGGGGCUUCUGGUCCUCAGGGAAUGGCAGGAAAACCUGGAGCUCAGGGAGCUUCUGGUGUAACUGGACUGAAAGGUGCCAGGGGGAGUCAAGGAUCUGCUGGUUCCAGUGGUUUUCCAGGAUCUCCAGGACGUGUAGGACCCCCAGGCCCUGCUGGUCAAACUGGAGAGCCUGGACCUCAAGGACCCUCAGGAAAGAAGGGUGAACCUGGAAUACACGGAGAACCAGGAGGCGUAGGACGACAAGGUGAGCGAGGGAAUGCUGGACCUGCUGGAAGCCCUGGAGAUAAAGGCGAUUCUGGAGAAGAUGGACCACCGGGCCCUGAUGGACCUCCAGGACCUGCAGGAUUGUCAGGACAGAGAGGGCUGGUAGGCCUGCCCGGUAUGAGAGGAGAGCGUGGACUGAUGGGCCUUCCUGGACCUGCUGGUCCACCUGGAAAACCUGGCACCAAAGGUCCUCAGGGGGUGAAAGGUGGUAUUGGCCAUUCUGGAUUACCUGGAUCUGUUGGAGAUAGAGGAGAUGCUGGCCCACAGGGUCCUGCAGGAGCAGAUGGAGGUCCAGGAACUGAUGGUACCCGUGGAGUCAAAGGAGAUCGAGGAGAACCAGGUGCUGAGGGUCUUGCUGGACCUCAGGGAACCCCAGGGACACCUGGACCAGUCGGAGCUCCUGGAGGUGCUGGAUUAAGAGGGGCCAAAGGUGCCAGCGGUCCAGCGGGUCCAGCCGGCCAGCCAGGAGUCAGAGGAAAACAGGGACCUCAAGGACCACAAGGAGACAAAGGAGAGAAAGGGCUCGCUGGUGAGAGGGGACAGAAAGGUCAUCGUGGCUUUUCUGGACUUCAAGGUCUCCCAGGAGCAGCCGGAGCGACAGGAGACGCGGGUGAAAGAGGAAUCAUCGGACCGAGUGGACAUAGAGGACCUCCUGGGCCUGUCGGACCUGCUGGUAAAGAAGGUGAGAUGGGUUCUCCUGGAGCCAUUGGGUCUCCUGGAACUCGGGGCAGCCCAGGAGAUAUUGGACCAGAGGGCCAUCAAGGAGAACCUGGCCCUCCAGGCCCGCCUGGCCCUCCUGGACCCCCUACUACUAUUGAGGAUGACUUUGAUAAAAACCCAGACGAUGGCUUGUUUGAAAGUCCAGCGCCUCCACUUCCAGAGUACAACAAGGAUGAGGCAAUGCCUGUUAACGGCUCUGGUGUUGUCCACGUGGACAGCAGUGUCCAUGCUUCACUGAAGGCUCUGGGCAGUCAACUGGACAGCAUAAAAAACGCAGACGGGAGCCGUCUUCAUCCGGCGCGCACCUGCCAGGACAUCAGGCAGUGCUAUCCCAUGAAGAAAAGCGGUGAGUACUGGGUGGACCCUAACGAGGGAAGUCUGAAGGAUGCAAUCAAGGUGUACUGUAACAUGGAGACGGGGGAGACCUGCGUGUCUGCAAACCCUUCUAGCAUCCCACGCAAGAGCUGGUGGAGUUCCCGCUCCGGCACGCCGAAACCCGUGUGGUUCGGAGCCACAAUGAACAGAGGAACAAAGUUUACAUACGGAGACAAAGAAGAUUCUCCCAACACGGUGGCUGUGCAGAUGCGGCUCCUGCGUCUGCUCUCUAAAGAGGCGGUACAGACGAUCACUUACCACUGCAAGAACAGCGUCGCUUACAGAGACGACAAGAGCAACAACCUGAAGAAAGCUGCUGUGUUAAAGGCUGCCGACGGGACGGACAUCAAAGCGUACGGUCACAACCGGCUCAAGUACACGGUCACCGAGGACGGCUGCUCGAAAUCCAGCAGCGAGUGGAGCAAGACGGUGUUUGAGUAUCGCACGCAGAAGCCCACCAAGCUCCCGGUCAUGGACAUGGCGCCGGUGGAUGUGGGUGGACCCGAGCAGGAGUUUGGGAUCGACGUCGGGCCGGUGUGCUUCUCGUGAAAAAAAACAAAACAACAACCAAUGCGACCCUGUGAUCCUUCAGAUAGCUGCUGAUGCUAAACAUCAAGUCAAAAUAAAUAAAUAAAUAAAUAAAUAAAUAAAUAUUCGACACUCGUUAAGACUUCAGCUCUGCACCGAUGCAGUAUUUAUUUUUCAAGACCGUUCAGAAGUCACAAGCAGGAUGAGCCACGGCGGCGACUUUUUCCCCGCGUUAAUGAUCUUUUAACGAGGAAUUCCUCUAGCACGGGGUGUACAAAUAUCCGACAGACUGUGUGUGGACCUUUUAAUUUAUAAUCCACGUGCCUCCGGGCACCGCUCUGUACGUCAUACCAAUAAAAGAAUAUUAUUUUUAACGGAAAAGUACACACAAAAGUUUUAAGUCACCUUUACACACUUGCCUCGUUUUUUUUUUUUCCUUUUUAAUUAUUUAUUUAAUUUUAUGUCAAUUCCGGUGGGUUGUUAUAAGUAAUUUAUACAGUAGAUCUGUUUCCAUAAAUUGGCAUAAAUAUUUCUCGUUUGUUGUCGAACUGAAAAAGUCGAAGCUAUGAAUUUGGACCUGUGUGUACGCUUUAUUAUGCGCUACCUCUCGAGAGAUGGUGUUUCUGUCGAUAAGGGACCGGAUUAACACACAGUAAUCGGUGACCGUACGGCGUCUCAUUAAAGAAUGACUGUAUUCAUUUUGGGAUGUAAUCAUUGAUAUAAAUGCAUGACUUUCUUUGCUGA